UUUAGUAAAGUAAAGUAAUCCACGUGACUUAACAAGAAAAAGUAAAGGCUUUUGCCCUCUUACGUGCUUUUAGGUGUUGGGGAUAAUCGAUCAAGAUCAACACUGGUGGGGAUCUAUGGAGGGUACUUCUUUGGGUGUCAGAAAGGGUGCAUGGACUGGAGAGGAAGAUAACCUUUUAAGGCAGUGCAUUGAGAAGCAUGGAGAAGGAAAGUGGCACCAAGUUCCUCUCAGAGCAGGUUUAAAUAGAUGCCGGAAAGGUUGUAGACUAAGGUGGUUAAACUAUCUAAAACCCAACAUUAAGAGAGGGGAUUUCGCAGUGGAUGAAGUUGAUCUAAUGAUUCGACUCCAUAAGCUCUUAGGUAACAGAUGGUCGCUGAUUGCUGGUAGGCUUCCGGGAAGAACACCGAAUGAUGUGAAGAAUUACUGGAAUACACACCAGCGUAAGAAGUUGAUUUCUCCCAUUGUAGACGUACGGGAAGAAAAAGAACAAAACAUGAUCGUCAAAACGAAAGUAAUAAAACCUCGACCUCGGACCUUCUGCAAAAAAUUAACUUGGUUAAGUGGCAAGCCUAGUACAACAAUUGAAGAAAGGACAUUCCAACCAAAAGACAAUAUUGCUACAAACAUCAUGUCUCCAACGUUGACGCCGUCAGAGAAUAGGAUGAAAUAUAGGUGGGAAUGCUUGUUAGAUGACAAGGAGGCGGGCAAUGAAAAAGCCACAUGCGCAUUGAAUACAGGGUUUGAUGAAGAGCUGAAUACUCAUACUUGGUCGGACGACGAAAUAGCAUCGGCAGCAAAAGUGGGGGGAACUUUUGAUAUUGAUCAGGAUGGCUUCAGCUUUUUCGCCAACUCCUCUUUCGACGCGAGCCUUUGGGAUUUUCUCAAUACGAAAUAAUUAAGCGUCUUCA